AUGUGGCCAUCCACGUUGCUUCUUCUCGCAAUCGUUUGCGUUUGUACGGCGCAUAAUAUUCCGCAGAAAGACGUCAGUGAAGCGACAAGUGAUAGCAGUGAUGAGAUUUACAAUGUCUGCCCCGUAUUCAUUGAAUUUGCCAAAGAGCAAGAUAAUCUCUCGAACGCAGAACUUAAAGCCAACGCCGCGGAUGCAGCCAUGUCGGCUUAUUUGUUGAGCCACCCAAACAAUACAUUGUGGGACUAUUUCAAUAUUGAGCUUGAGCAGAUCCACGAUACGUUUCUCAAUUUGCCAUUGAUUGGACGACUCCAGCGCGUCAUCUCAAAUGUCUUCAAUUACUCGUUGGACACGGUCAUUGCGCUCGCACAAAUGAUUGCGGAUGUCAUUGAGUGGUGUCUUAAUACUGUUCGCCAUCCUCUUGUUGGUAUCCGGCAAGUUGUCGACUUUUUUAGUGAAUUUGGAGAAAAUCUCAAGGAUCUAUGGGGAUUAUUGAAACGAGAUCCGUCAAACACAGCCGAGAACAUGGCGGGUGGAUUUCUCUUGCACAUUGAACAUCACAUGGCCGAGUUCACAGCCGAGUCAAUUCUUUUGAUUGGCGCGGGAUCUGGUGUUAUUCACGGCCUCAUCCAUGGUGCAGAAGCUAUUGCAGGACAGUUGAGCGCUGCUGCUUCGAAAACAUUAAUCUCUGUGCUCGUAUUUAUCCACGCAAUUGAUGACCCCAUUCUAAUUGUCACUCCGCUCAUCACGUCGAUCCUUGACAUGUCUGAUGACCUUGUUAACGGUUCGUCUAAGGCCAAUGUGACCUCUGUCACUACACACGCUGUAAAGCCUCUCGAGACAUGCUUGAUUCCAGAAGAAUACCGCCCAAGGUUUUCGACUCGCGACUUGUGCUUAAGCUCUAGUGUGUAUGUUCGCAUGCUUCUUUUCGGGUCAUCUAAACGGUCUGUAAAGAUGACUAAACAAGAACGCGUUGCUGCUUACAACCGUUUUCACGAUUUUGUGUGCUGCUUCAUGAAAGACCACGAGUUUGAGGUGAAUACUAUGAAGUCGGACAGUGCAAAGUUUGAAGGAGACCUUAUCUCGACUCCUGCGACAAUGCCAAAUUGCUCCCAGCUUAUGGGUAGCUACACCGCCGAAACAACGUGGAAUCCUUCAGCAAGCUAUGAGACCGCCGAAGAUCAAGAUUAA